AUGCAUCGAGUCACACUCGUCCACCACUAUCGCCGUCGUGCUUCUGCCGUUACCGGCGGUGAUUCUGAUCGUCUUCCCACACCUCGACCCGCCGGAGAACCACCUGGUGGAAAGCGCCACCGCACUUUCAUAGUUAUGGUGGUAGAGGCCAUCUCAUUCCGAAGGAUCCCCUCCGUUCCCAUGCUUGUCAAAGUCAUUCAAAGUGAGUAUCGCCGGCGUCGCGUCGGUGGUGACAGGUGGCGAGCACGUGUACGUGGAUUAGUUUCGCCAUGGCACGUGAAAGUCCCGGAUGGACUACAGUCAUCUGACGUGGAUGAUCCGGAACCCGAAGGUGUAGUACUUCCGGCGGCGCAGAUAUUGGUUCCGACGACGGGGUCAUCGUUGCAUUUUCCGUCCAUGCAAGUUAGUUCGCCGUCGCAGUCGUCUGAACCUGUGCAUGAACCACCGCAGGAGGCGGCGGUUGCUAGGGAUGGAAGGAAAACCAUCAAAAUGAAAAGGGAAAACAAUAUGAAGUUUGACAUGGUUAAUAUAUAA